UGUGAAUAUUUUACCCACAUUUGAUUGUUUCUAAGCCAACGAGUGGGAGAUUGGCAAUCAUUUAAAAAGCAGAACGAGAGUGUUCACAUGCCAACGAGUGGGAUUGAUUACAUGUCCACCCGAACAGGGAACAGUAUAGUUCCUGUAAGUUCUGACCUUGGUCAACAAUCGUCUGGCACAUCAUGGCCUCAGCCUGGUCUGAAGAGGAGACGUUUGUCUGUUCAGUGUGCUUGGAGACCCUAAAGGAUCCAGCAACUCUACCCUGUGGACAUUCGUAUUGCCUGACUUGUAUACAGAGUCAUUGGGACAAAGGGAGCAACAAGGGCCAGUACAGCUGCCCCCAAUGCAGGCGAACCUUUACUCCUCGACCUACCUUAGCAAAGAGCACAGUCCUCGUGGAGGCUAUGGAGAAGCUUAGGGUUAAAAGUUCCACAGCUAUCUCAUCUGCAGCGCAGUCAGAUCCUAUUUACCUGGAGAUUCUUCCAGAUGUCGGACCACGGCAGGGUAGUGUGUACCCCCAGCUUCCCAACGUGGCUGCUAGAACUUGCUCUCAACAUAACAAGCCCUUGGAUCUGUUUUGCCAUGAUGAUAGGGAGAGUGUUUGUGUAAACUGUUGUCAGCAUGGACACAAGGGGCACCAUGUACUCAAGCUGGAAGAAGAGAGGCAAAGGAGACAAAAAGAGCUUAUGAAGAUGCAGACAGAGGUUGAGAGACGUAGCCAUGAAACAGAGAAAACUCUGAAGGAACUCCCUGAUGUUGCUCGUCAACAUAAGGCUUUGGUCCAGGCUCUGCAGCAAGAGAGAGCAGAUUUGUUUUCCGAAAUGGUCAACAUCAUUGCUUUUACCAGCUCUCAAGUCGGUGAGCUUCUCGGCACGCAUGAGCAGUCUUUAGGUAGCCAGAUUGAGGGGCAUAUCCACAGACUGGAGCAGGAAGUGGUACAGCUUCGCUGGAAGCGAGAGGAGCUAAACAGGCUGGCAGACAUGCAGGACCAUUUCUGCUUUUUAAAGAAUUUCCUCACAAUGGAACAAUCAGGUCCAACUGAUGCAACACAGGAAGCAAUACUGAACAAAGAGGAAGCGGUGGUAUCCGAAGUCCGCUCAACCCUAAAGGAGCUACAAGAGUCAGUAAAGGAGCUCUGCAAAUCCAGUCUGACCAAAGUUGCUAUUUUGGUGAAUGAGGACACCGUGGUCUUGACCACCAAAGGUGCAACAGUGCCCAGUGAUGUUUCAAUGAAUGGCUUUCCUACUGUGCAGAACCCAGUUUAUGAGACGCAAAAUCCUGCACCUUUACCCUUGCCACAACUACAAAGUACUGUUUCAGCUACUGAAGCUUCAGCGCCGCCUCCACCAUUCUUUCAAGCAAUUCCUGUAACAACAGUUGGACUUGUAAGCCCACAACCAAAGAUGAGGGAAGAAUUGUUGAAAUUUCGCUUUGUGCCCACAAUGGACCCGAACACUGUUUAUCGCCAUAUACUGCUGUCAGAUGGCGGUCAUAAGGCCACAUUGCGCGCAGAGAACCUGAACCCAGUGGACCAUCCAGAACGCUUCCUCUACUGGCGACAGCUUCUAUGCAAAGAACCACUAGGAGGCAGCCCUUACUACUGGGAGGCGGAGUGGACUGGCCAGAAGAUUACGUUUGGGGUAGCGUACAAGGAUAUGGAUCGCCAGUCUUCCGAUGACCAAAGCCGUUUGGGCCACAAUCCCCUUUCCUGGGGCUUGUAUUGGUCUGGGACCGGUUUCUCAUUCUGGCACAAUAGCCAGGAAAAACUGCUGGGCUCACCCAAAGCAAGACGGAUCGGCACCUACCUGGACCAGCAUGCAGGCAUUUUGGCCUUUUACCGCAUCACCAACGACCAGGCUCACCUCAUCCACAGACAUGUGACCCAGUUUAGCGGGCCACUCUACCCAGGAUUCCGGUUCUGGAGUGGAGCUGGUUCUACUGUAACAAUCUGUCAGUUGGACUGAAAUACAAUGAAGUAACUAUAUUAUUUGAUUACUUGUUUGCAAUCAUUAGAUGGUUUUUAUCCCUUCACAAAAUGGUGUCCUCUCUAAUACAAAUAUAAAUUUAUAAUAAAAAUAAACCACAUAGCAUGAGUAUUUGCAGUGUGUAAU